CACUGACUGGCAAUAUGCACUAUCCCACGUGAUUAAAUCCAACCAAUUAGAAUGACCUCUGGGCGGGGCUUCAAUAUUGCUAUGAUGGCUGACUUGUCGGAUAAAUCAGAUGUUGAUCCUGAAGAAUUGGCCAAGAUGGUUGAAGAUAUGGAUGAUUUGGAUAACGAUUUGUUUGGUUCUACAUUGAGCAAACCAAAGUCAGGUACCUCCAUUCAAUCUAAAGAGCCUGACAAUCAGAUCUUAUCUGGUGCUAAGAAGAGGGUAGUAUUCCGUGAUUUCAAUGAAGAUGAUCCACUAGCAGAUUUGCUAUCCGACGAGGAGACUUUUCAACAAAAAUCAAAGCAAGCAGUAUCAAAACCAAAGGGUAGUAAGAUGGCCGAUUUAUUUGGACUUAAAAAUACAAAUCCUACAGAACAUGUGAAAUCUCCCAUAAAACAAUCAACGAUAAGUAGUUUUUCAAAAUCUGAAGAAACAAAACCAAAAACUUUUACUCGAGAUCCUGACUGGCUGGGUAUAAUGGAUGAAACACCUUCUUACCACCAGGAAUCAAACAUACAGAAAGUUGUUCAAAACCCAAAAACUGUGUUUGAUUCUAAAAACGACGUGGUCGCAGAAUUACCAGAUAGACCAACUUCUACGAGUGAAAAAAUAAAAAAAUCUUCAUUGAUGGAAGAUUUAUUCGGAAACAAACCACGUACUACACCAUCGAAAGAAUUAAAUCCUCGCAAGGAUCCCAUAAGACCAGGAAUAGAAACACCAGUAACUCAACCAAGGCAGGAAGCAGCUAAAAUCGAAUCAAAAUCCUUGGGAAUUGGAUAUGCUCCAACCGUAUCAGCACCACGAGAACCUCGCCGAGGUAGAAGAGGUUCCGGGGUGAUAAACGAUCCUCUAGGUAUACUUUCUUUGUCGUCCACGCAUGUUGAACAGCCUCCUCCUAACGCUACUGAAGAUGACACGCCCAAGAAUAAUCAACUGUCGCUUUUAAAAGAAAAGGAGAAUAUUCUGACGCUUUCUGAAAAAGGAACAAAAGCAGUGAGCAAGGAUAGUCUUCCAGAAUGGUUGGGAGGACCAAAGAAAUCGAAGGAAGAAAAAUUAGAAGGUGAAAAACAAACUUUUUUGUCUAAUGCAAAUCAAAAAGAUGAUUUGCCAAAGGUUUCUCAACCAGUAGAAAACAGUACACUGUCACAAGACAUUCAAAGUGUUCAAGAGCCUGUAUUGAUUCAGCAAUCCAGUUUGGAUUACGAUAAAAUUAAUUAUCCUGAACAUAUGUCUCUAUUAAUGGGAACGCAGUUCGAUCAACAGGCGGCGAUUAUGUCCAUGCAACAACAAGAACAUGAACUGAGAAUAGCCACCACAUUGUCUCGGCAGAAUGAACAAUUAAGUCAACUUUUGGAGAGUCAAAAAAAUAGACUGAAUGAACAAGAAAGACAGUUUAAUAUGCUUAUCAAGAAACAAAUAGAUAGGCAGAUUUUAUUAGAAACGCAAAUGAAGAUACAGCAAGAACGUAUUAAUAACCAUAUUCAGACUCUGAUGGCUCAGCCAAAUUCUGUGCCAAUGACUUUUGUCGUUAACAAAAAUCUAAAUAAUGGCAUGAACGAGGAACCAAAGAACAAGGAAGAAGAAUCCGAAAGUCUGGUACAUAAAUUACAAAUGGAAAAGUUAUAUUUAGAGAACACGCUGGAAACUUUGAAAGAGACACAUGACAGAGAGAUUACGAUUAUUGAAGAAUCCUACAAAAAACAAAUAACUAUCAUGCAGGAAGCAGUGGAAAAACUUGAAAUCAGAAUGCGACACGACUCCGAAGUAAUGGAAGCUGAUUACGAGGCUAAAAUUGAAAAAUUAAAGGAAGAAAAAAGAAAUUUGGAAUCUGUUUAUACGGAGGAGAUAGAAAAACUAAAGAAAGAACACGAGGGAUCUCUUAGAGAUAUUCACGAACGUCAUCGUCGUAGCGUUAUACUCCUGGAAAAGGAACAUGCUGAGACCAUAGAAAGUAUUAAUAAAGCAAAAGAAUUGGAACGCCAAGCUAUAGGAACUACAAAAAGUUACAGUACAGAUUUGACGGCUGUAUUAGACAAAGCACAAUCUGCCAUAGAAGGCAUUCAAUCGCUACAUGAUAAAAUUCAAGACAAAAAUAUAGAAACAGAAGAAACGAGAAAAAACUAUUUGAAUAAACAAGUGGAACACUUAGAACUGCUAAAAAAGCAAGUGGAAAAACAUGAAAACACACUAAAUGCAGAACGCAGUCAGUUAAUGGAGGCUGCACAGAAAAUGGAGAUUGGAGCUAUUCGAAUGAUUUCUGAAUUUCAAAAAAGAAGCAUAGAAAAUAAUGAAGCUGAAGAAAGACUCAAGUCUAGAGAACAAUCUCUUGUGCGGGACAGAGAAUUGUUCAAUGAGCAAGUUCAAUGGGAGCGGAGCUAUUUACAAGUAAUAAAAGAGACAUGGCUGAAAGAGCAAGAAAGACAAAAUAAAUUGAUUGCACAAGAGCGAGAAGCUAUUGCAUCUGAAAAAGCAAAAUUGGAAGUAACCAGCAGAUUGAAAAUUGGAUCUGAUGAUACAGCAAAAGCCGAGAUUGAAGCUGCUUUGAAAGCCGCGCAGGAUGCAGCAGCUAAUGCUAAUCAGGAAAGACAAAAAUGGCGGGAAAGAGUCAGUGAACUUGAAUCGCAACGUCAAAUAUUACGUGAAAAAGAAAGUCAGCUGGUAUUACGUGCUAAGGAACUGGAAGAUCUUACACAGUCUGCAUUAGAAAAAAGGGAAGAGGGUCUUAGAGCAUUAAGAGAAGCUCGUCGUAUUGAAAAUCAGAACAAAGAAAAGGCUGCCCAGUGGCAAUUACAAAUUGAAGCUUUGGCACAGAGAGAGAAUAAGCUUGCAACCGACAAGCUUGCAUUGGCAAGGGAGCGACUGGCCAUACGAGUGAACCAAGCAGAAAGACCAGAAAAAGAUGUUGAACGAAGUGGUACAUCUUAUAAGCAUGUGGAUGAAUCUUAUUUAUCUGCAUUGUCACAUAAUACGCAAGUCUCAACACACUUUAAAGAUGUUGUCGAUCCUCACUUGAUACUGCUCAAGUUAAAUCUGGACAAUAAAUUAGAAACAGGCAAUGAAUACCUUUCUGUGAUGAACAGUGUGAAUCGAUGAAAUGAAAGAACUAGUAUAGGAAAUAAACAUUCUUUAAUUAGUUUUUUAUGUAUAAAUAUACAAAAUACUGGAAUAGAAUAAAAAU